UAUCCAGACCUCCAAUCAAGGACAAAAUGUCUGUGAAGAUCUACGUGAGGGCUCAGUUUGAGUAUGACCCGUCCAAAGACGAGCUCAUCCCCUGCAAAGAGGCCGGCAUCCGCUUCCAGGUGGGCGACAUCAUCCAGAUCAUCUCCAAGGACGACCACAACUGGUGGCAGGGGAAGCUGGAGAACACCAAAAACGGCACGGCGGGCCUCAUCCCGUCGCCAGAGCUGCAGGAGUGGCGGGUGGCAUGUAUAGCCAUGGAGAAGACCAAGCAGGAGCAGCAGGCCAGCUGCACCUGGUUUGGCAAGAAGAAGAAACAGUACAAAGACAAGUAUUUGGCAAAGCACAACGCAGGUACGCCGUGCACACACACACACACACACACACAUACACACUCAUAA